GGAAAAUUGUUAAGGUGUCAAUACAUAUUUUUCAUUAUUAAUUUUGUGGCGUCCCCAAGUGUGAUUAACGAAGCAAGACUUGACGCUCCACAACAACACAUACAAAAUAAGUAUGGAAGCCUACAUCGCGCAAGAGAAAUUCGGAGACAGGCUCUCUAUAUAUACAAUGCCCGACCAACAUCAGUCGGCUGCGCCAAUUAUAACUUAAUCCGGAACGACGGCCACAGCGGUGGCACUCUCGUCUACUACAAGCGGUCCCUCCAUUCACCGUUGUUCCCCACUGGUCCCUCCCGCUCUGACUGAUUUAGGAGUCUCCGUCUGUCGGCUAGGAAUGACCGGGCAUCGAUCGGUCACGAAUGUGCCAGCUUACCUAUCCCCCAACAAAAGCCCUCACCCAACCAGACCUAGCCUAAAGACCCUGUUGUAACACAACCAACCGUAACUGCAGAGGUUGCUUUCCAACGCCUCUGACACUAUGGUGUUUGACAUCAUAGUGCCCCUCACACGCGCCCACUUUCCUUACCAAGCAGGUUACACUGUUAAUCCCCUAGACAUGGCCUUACUGAAGAAAGUAGCCCUUAGGCUGUGUUCGAUAGAAACGGUCCAUGCACUCUCGUCCGACCACCGCCCAGUUGUCUUACAAUUGGGCACACCCUCUGACCUCCUAUCCUCAAGGACAGUGACGAACUGAAGGAGGAUCGAGAAACUACUCAAACCCUCCACCAGCUCGCCAUUCAACUCCAUCCCCGACCAUAUCACCUCCCCUUACAAAACCCUCUCUGCGAUCGGAGCCCUCUGGAGCCAUCUCACUUCUGCAAUAAGCAAGGCGUCCCGACAAGUUGCAGCGAUGCCAGACCAUCACGGCAAGUUACUGGACGAUGCUAGAUAGCUGUUAAGGGCAAAGAAUGGUGCCACUAGAGCAUUCGACAGCUACCCCACGGACGACAACCGCUCCCGAUUGCGUACCUUGCAGCGUGCUGUUAAGGCGCGCAUGAACGAAAUACCAAGUCCAAGUGGGACGAACUACUUGAAGAGAUUUCGCCAUCACACCAAGCUUAUUGGAAGCUGGCGAGAUCCUUCAAGUCAGAGGUCGAAUCCUCUAUGUCUCCUCUCCCCCUCUAUACCAUACCUGACCGAUCGAUAGCGUUUAACGACGACGAAAAGGUCGAAUGCUUGGCCGACAGCCUGGAGGCGCAGUGCUCGCCUAGUACUCUCCCUGUCACCCCUGAACACGUCUAGUUAGUCGACUCAGAAGUCGAAAAGUCCUCCUCCGUGCCGCCCACCGCCACCCUUGAACCGGUCACUGUCGAUGAGGUGCACUCGUUAAUCCGUAAACUGCGCCCGCGUAGCGCCCCUGGGUCAGACGGAAUCUCUAGUAAGAUCCUUAAGAUCUUACCCGCUCAACGCCUUUGCCUUAUCACCGUGAUCUUUAACGCGGCUAGGACAAACGAGAUAUUUCUGGCAGAGUGGAAAGAGGCCGUCGUUAUCGGGAUCCGGAAAUCCGGUACCGCCCUAUAAGUCUCUUCAAAACGUAGGGGAUACUUUACGAAUGUGCCCUAGCCGCCUUAUAGAUUUUCUCUUCGCGAACAAUCUUAAAAUUGACGAACCGUUUGGUUUCCGUCCCAAACACUCGUGUGGCCACCAGGUGCCUCACCUAACACCUUCAGUCAGCCUGCGUGGUGGUUUAUAGCCCGAUUGCCUAUAUCACAGAAAACAGAAACCUCUUCCCGUGUCCUAUGGCCCUGUUCCUUACAAAGGGAAGGGCUGUACCCACUAAAAUAUUUGAAAUAAAAAAAUAGUUUUAAACCAACAAUAAAAACCGACUUUCAAAACGAAAAUGGAACUAAAAAGUAGUAUCCGAGUUCACACGAAAUCGGGCGGGACCUAGUAUGAUUUGGAAGUUUUUCAUUUUUGAGUUCCAAUUUCGUUUUUGAAGUCUCUUUUUAUUUAUUGUUUAAUUCCUUAGAUAAACAUUGUUGAAGACUUUUUCACGAGAUUGUACACGCACUCAUUAAGCGACAGUUUCUUGUUGUCCAUUUCAUUAAGUGGGCAAACUUUGUUGUGCACGGUUGGGAUUAAAAUGUACAAUAAUUAGUCAAAAUUAUCGAUAGUUCAGUUAUAAUAAAAAUGUUGGUAUUGUUAUUUUUGAUAACUGCUGUGUCCGCUCGGUCAUCGGCGAACGAAUCUUUCAAAGAUCAAUUCUGCACGGAUCCGAGGACACUGCAGAAGCACGCAACUUACACGGAAUGGGCUGAUGCGUACUCUUGCACCAGGCACAGGUGUCAGCCGGGCGGACGAAACCUGGCCAUAUACACAGUAGGGUGCAAGCGAGUUGAAGCUCCAGAGUCGGCGAUUGAGUGCGAAGAGGUGGUGGAAGAUACAAACAUGCAGUUUCCCUUCUGCUGCACCAGGCUAAGGUGCUUGGUGUUAGUUCGUGGUGAAGUAUGGACGCGAGUGUUGGGUCAGCCUUGGGAGACACUGCCAGCAGCGCCUUGGAGUCAUAUGUACAAAAUGAAGAAACCACCUCCGGGCGAUGCCAACUUCUUGCCGAAGAAUCCCAGUGAAGGCCCAGUGUACGAGCUAUUAUCAGACCACGAAAACAAUGAGAAGGUACUCAGAUCAGGCAAGAAAACUGCAGCCGAAACCCCAGAUUGUAAUGAGAUUGUGCCAAGGGCGUCGGUGCCAACUCCAGAUAUAGUUAUAGCUCUAUCAACGUCUAAUGAUGGGAAGGACCUCAAGAAAAAGGAAAAAAGGGAAAGACAUAAGAGAGGUCGCAAAGCCCAGUCUAAUAUCUUCGAAGAGGAAAACGCGGAUCCAAACACCAAUCAGCAUAAUGAAAUCGAAGUUGAUGAAGUAGCGGUAGAUAAAGAAAAGCCAGCUCCUGCGGAUAUUGUUUCGGAAGAAAAAUAUUUUACGAACGGUUAUGGAGUAACCCAGAAAAGUUUCAAGGCAUCACAGUACCACCAGUCAUGGACGGAAAUUCCCUCGAACUUGUGGAGCGAUCAUGAGACUCCAACGGCGGAAACUGAAACCACAGCAAAGGACGGCAACCUCACCCCAGACUCCGCCGCUCCAGAAGAGAAGAGAGAAGACAAGCCUUCUAAUCUCCAAGCAUUAGUAGAUGCUAUAGGAACAAGAAUGAGGGAUAUUGAGAACGUUGUCCAGAAGAUGAGCGAAAAAGUGCACCAGGCUAAACCAGCGCAGACCGAAUUCAGCGGGGAGAAGAAAACGAUGGAAGCAGAAAUUUCACCGUUCCAGCCACCUCGACAACACCAUAAAACUGAUAAGGAUCACGCCAAGGAAGUUAAAACUAAACGCCCCAAUCCUGACGGAGACACGUAUAAAAGAUUCUCCGUUCGGAAUAGGGGAAGCAAGUAUCUUCACACCACGGAAGUCACCACAGAGCACCCGGUGUUCAUUGAAGACACCAGUCUGAAUGGAUACUUCAGUGACGCGAGCAACAAUCUAGUUCGGAGGGCCAACCAACCGAAGGAACCCGCACCAGUUUACAUGGCGCCGGUCGAGACAAGACGUAAGUCGACCCAUAUAGUGGUCUCCGAAACAUCGGAAGAGACAGAUAAGAAACAUAAGAAAAGAAUCCACAAGAAGAAGAAGAACAAAGGCAAAAAUCACAAGAAACACCACAAAGACGACAAAAAGAAGAAAGUCAACAAAGUGAGCUCCUUAGAAGUGGAGAAGAAUGUGGUUUCUUUAGAAGAUAGUAGCGGGAUUGCUAGUUCAUAAAUAGCAUAUAUGUACAAAGUAUAACAGUAAU